UAUUUCGCCCCUCUUUGUAUUUUCAAGCACGACAAGCCCAAAAGCUUUCGGAAAAACCCUUCGUGCUUUUUCGGAGGCUCUCAGAGCUUUCACUGAUGAUGGGGUGGCGUCGUGUUUCGGUGUGUGAGGUGAUGUUUGUUUACAUCGCUGUUGCAGAGUCUUGCUCGCAAUCGCGAAUCAACCGGUAUCGUUUGUAACUGCCGCCAGAAUUCGGUACGAUUUUUUCUUUGAUUCCUAUGUGAUAGAUAGUGAUAUUUAACCACCAAAAUGAAGUUCCGUGCCGUGAUAACGGAUACCCUGUGUAUGCGCGAACUGCUGGACAUUGUGACGACGUUUUCGCGCAUCACCCGCAACAUCGCCAUCAACAUCCAACCGUCGAAGGUGAUCGUCCAGAUCGAAGGCGAUGUGGAAGCCGGUCAGUGCUUGUGGUGUGAAAUCGAUGCCUCCGAUCGGAAAGGCUUCUUCAGCGAGUUCGUCAUGGAUGGGGUGGACGCGGAGCACAACCAGAUCUACCUGAUGGCCGCGGCUUCCAAUCUGGUACAAGCGUUGUCCUACAGCAAGAGCAACUCCAUGGAUUACAUCAAGAUAAAGCUGGUGAAGACGGAUGUGGCCUGUUUGGCGGUUGAGAUGAGUGGGAUAGUGCACAACGAGAGCGACGUCAUGAACCCGAAGGUGCAGCAUCACAUUCCGGUUACGGUGGCUCCCCGCAGCGAGUGGAGCAAUUUCGAUCUUCCGUUGGAGAUGGUAUACGACCUGACCGUUAUGCUCCCGUCGGUUAAAGCCCUGAAGGGCCUGAUGGACAAGAAGAAGAACAUGUCCCCUUCGGUGACGAUCUAUGCCACCCUGGGCGGGGAGUUGUCGUUGGUCGUGGAAACGGAUGUCGUUACGGUGGCCAGCCAUUUCAAGAAUCUACAGUGCAGACGGGGAAAACCGCCGGAUGGUGCUCAUGAUAGAGGAGAGGAAGAGCAGGAAAACCUGGAGGCAGCCUGCAAGGUGGACUCCAAGAAGUUGUUCACGUUGUUCGAUAGCGUGGACUUUUGCGAAACGAAAAUGAUUGCCAAUAUCAAGAAUGAGCAUUUGCUUAAAAUUCGGUUCGAAAUGAGAGAGAAAGGAUUUAUGAACUUUAUUCUGCCGGCGGUGGAUUUUGAAUAAAAAUUUAAACGUUAUU